CUGGGAUUAGUUGUCUGAGUGAUGAGAUUGUAUUGCAAAACGUUGUUGUGAACCAUUAGAGUCAGCUGUCCGUUGUUGUGUUUCUACGGUUUUAGAUUUUUUUCCUUUUUUGUAAAUUCUUCUGCAAGUCUACGUAGAAUAUAAAUAUAUUUGAAAUCUAUGAAUCUUUAUAAAUAGUGUAAGUGUCAAUCUGUCUAUUUCUCAUGUGGUUGUGGAAUGAAAAUAAUUUCAUAGACUAUUAAUCGAAUAUCUCCUGUAGAAAUGUGACACUUGCCUACGCAGGGCAUUACGUCGAUUAGUACAAGGAGUAAAUUUCCCUAUAUGUCAACAAUUUCCAGCUGUCUUGUUAAACAGGAAGCAGGAAAACAGUAUAAAUAAUGGCAUUCUAUAGAUAGACUCGCAACUUUCUUAAUUGUCCAAAUGAAAUCGACACUUUUCUCCCGUUAUUCUGUGCAUUUUUAUUCUUUUUCUCUUCUUGUUCUACUAUAGUUCUGAUAACACUACGCAUAGAUCAUGUUAAAAAAAAUAAGAUAUAAGAAAAAAAACAUAUUUCGUCUUUUUCUGCUUGUUCUCCGUUACUCAACAGCUUCAUAUAUACAUCAAGAUCUAUAGAACAAAACUGUAUUUACACAAAGCCAGCACGUAAUGAAUUAACACUGUUAAAUGUGAUAUCGUGCGUCAAUCGUGUGUAACAAAUCAAUUGACAAAUAUGGAAGGUACCUCAAUGGAAAAGUUAAUUCAUUUGCCAAUAUGUGAUAACGUUAUCAGGUAUGAUAGUAAAUGAGAAGGAUCAUACACAUUUUAAAAGUCUUUUGAUCUUUAGACGGUAUGGAAAAUAUUCCAAAAAGGUCAACGGAGAACUUAUUAAAGGUAAAAUUAAUCUUCUCGUCUUUAGAUUGGUUCAGAUUAACUGCUGAAUGAAAUUUUGCUUUUUUUAACUUUGUUUUUGAUUUUGACGAUCUUUAAACAGAAGGAGCGUUACUAUUAGAAUUUUGAACUUUGAUUCAGAAUGCUUUUUACCGAGAAUGGCUAUCUGUGCGAAAAGAAAAUUGUACAGUUCUUUACUUCCGUUAUGGAGUUAACGUCUAUGUACUCUCUUUUGUAAGUUAAAUGUGAUAAAAAGAAGUCUUUGAUUUGAUAUUUCUGGAACAUUCUGUUGGUAAUUCUGUAAAUAUUGAGAUUAUGGUUCUAUAGACGAAGAAAAUGAUUGAGUGUUGUUUAUGUGUGUGGUAUUCUUAUUACUAUGAAGUAGAAUACAAGAUUGGAUAGUGUAUUAAUCUAACAAAAUAACAAGACCAUUACGAUACGUGUUUCUGCACUGAAUUAUUAUGAUUAAAAUCAUGAAAGAAUUUGUAUCCAUUUGCUAUAUUAAAUAUACACAUCUGCUUUUAUAAACAGAGAAAUUGUUCGAAACUAUCAUUACUAAAAAGUGAUGAUAGUUUCGAAUAUAAAAAGAACAAUGUUAAAAUACUAGCAGACAAUGGGAAAACAUAAACAAUGAUAAAUUUAAGAAAAUAGUUAUUGAAGUUUCGGAGAUCACUUUGAUUUAAAUAGAAUAAGUGCUUGAUUUUAUUUUUUUUCGCACAGAUGAAUGGUUGAUUACUUUCUUUGAAGAUGACUGUAAAACAAAAAAUUGUACAAAAUAAUGAAGAACAGUUGAUUACGUUCUUUUCUAAUAGAAAUUUAGAUAUUUUGCCAGUCUGGUAGUUGCUUUAAUGCAUGCUCUAUUCCGUUUUGUAUAUUAGUGUUGCAUCACUCAUUUAGUUAUGAGAAAAUUCACUCUUAACUUUAUAUAUAGAGAGAAUAACCGUAUGAUUUAAUAUAAUGAUCAUAAAUAGCUUGAAGAUAUUAUUUUUAUCAGAAUAUACAGAAAAUAAAUAGUUCAUCUUGUUUGUAUGAUGAAAGCACAAAGCCAAGACAUUAAUUUAAUCAGAAAUCAUUUUAGCCCAUCAGUUGUUUACAAUCUAUUAUAUUAUACGCUAAAUUCGACAAACUGUUUAGUUGAUAACAGUGUGUUCAUUAUAGAGUACUUCCAUAUGAAUGUAAGAGAUAAUAUUUACCAUCAAUUAGUCUUCCAGUAAGAGCGAUAAAUCAACAUUAUGGUUUUUUUAGAAAUUUUAAUGAUAUUUUCUAUAGUCUCUAAUGUCUCCAAAUAAUUUCCUCGUCGCCUUUUAGAAUAUGUAACCAAACUCUAUGCUUUUAGUUAUUUACGAUUGGUUUGAAAGAGACAAUGAUUUCGAUGGAUUGCCAUUAGCAGAGAAACACAAAGGUCAUCAGUAUAAACUUGGUAUAACGAAAGAACAAUUUGAUCAAAUGAAGCAGAUUGUAACACCAACGGGCGUGUACGGUGAAUUACUCACGUUCGAUCAAUUUUGUGAUAUUUUGAUUCCGGUUAUUACUGGCGAUCACAAUGAUUAUUCAAUUUAUUUGGCUUUUCGUGCAUUCGAUAGAAAUGGUGAUCAGUUUAUUGAAGCUGAAGAGCUUGAGUCGUUAAUGCGCAUCAUAGGAAAAUCUGUUUCAAGAGAAAAAAUUAAAGAAUAUGUUGGCAAAGUUGACUGGGAUAACAAUCAAAUGCUAGAUUAUAACGAAUUUCGCGAUUUUAUUGUAAAGGGAUAUGCUCGUGAAUUACUAAUGAUGGAUAUUUCACGAGAAAUUAUUUAUUCUCAUGAUGAUAUUCAAAUACCGCCAAUAUAA